GAGGCAAGUUCAAAGGUGUGCCUUCCCUCCCCGCGCCGCGCCUAGAUCCACCUCUCGGUUUCCACUGGUCCUUCCCUCCCCACGUGGAAAGAAGAAGGGGGGGGACCCCGACCCAGCCUGGGAUCUUCGCGCCAGUCUUCUGCCGCAUUCGCUCUUGCAACGGCUCAGACCCUGCGAGGAGCACCGCCAGCAGCAGCAGCAGCAGCAUGGCUACCGCCCCGGCGCCCCUGGAUGAUGCCAACAGCCAAAUGGACCCCUUUACCUAUGACUAUGACACACUGCGUACGAUUGGGAUGGUCUUAGCUAUCUGCAUGUUCGUGCUCGGCAUCCUGAUAGCAUUGAGUAAGAAAUUCAAGUGCAAAAAAUCUGACCCCAGCCUUACAGAUCCCAGGGCAGCAGGCAAGACCUCCACUCCAGCUGGCAGCGUGUAGAUGCCCUCGCCAAGAAGUGCUGCUCCCUACUGGCUGAGGGAUGAACUGCGCCCGGGAUAUCUUUCUCCUGAGACCUGGGCACCGGCCGCCCGGGAAGGGAGGGGGCUCUGCGUUUUAUCCUCUACCAAUUA